AUGGAAGAAGACGGCGCACUCCCGUCCUCGUCUAUCACCUCAAGGAAACCCUUCGUGUAUCAGCCGCUGGAUGAUACGCCUAAUUCCUUCCGCCUGCUGGAGAUCCUUCCAGAAAAGGCCGAUGGACGAAUUCAACUCCGGAUACGACACGACAAGAUGCCCACGACAUACAAAUGUCUCUCCUACAUGUGGGGCGACGCGACGGAAUCACAUGAAGUUCUGAUGAACGGGUCUACGUCCCCCAUCAGGAAGAACCUGCACGACUUCUUGGAGAUGGCGCGAGUACGCUUCCCCAACGAGAAACUUUGGAUCGAUGCGCUGUGUAUCAAUCAGUCCGACAACGCCGAAAGAGGGCAUCAGAUCCAACGCAUGGGCGACAUCUAUCGUGGCGCGAGCGAAGUACUCGCCUGGCUGGGCAACACUUACGCC